AAUCACAUUCUUCGUUCAUUUUGCAUGUCAAUCUGAUCAGAUUCUGAAGUCAAUGGUUUUGAUUUGAGAGUUGAAGAUAAGCUUCUUUGCAACCCUAGCUUUUUUGUUCUUCAGGUUGAUUUUCUCGAGGAAAAGAAAAUCUUGUUUUAAUGGGCACGGUGGAGACUCGAUCGAAAAACACAUCUGGGUGUUCAUCGCCUUCGCCAGAAAAUGAUAAGAAUGAGCUCAGGGAAGCUCUGUGCGCUUUGAAGAGUGGGGCUCCAGAAAACGGGGAUGGUUUCUCUGGCCAUGGAAACAAAGGUUUUGGUGAUGGUGGGGUUGUUGAAGUGGUGAAGAGCAGGGUCUUUGAGACCAAGGUUUCGGUUCAGAGGGAUUUUGUAGGGAGAGAAGCGGAGGAUGGUUGUCAAGGUUUGGCUGAUUCUGAGAUGAAUGGGGUCUCCUCUUUGUUGAAGAUGAGAGAAAGUGGUAGGAGCUUGAAGUUGUCUUAUGCCGGUGGGAAGGACAAGAAAAGUGGGGAUGAUGAAGAUGAUGACCAAUAUGGGAAAAUUGUGACUAUAGAUGUUCCAAUUGCAGAUACAAGUGAGAACAAAGAUUUGGAAAUGGAAGAUUUGGGUGAAGAAGUAUAUGAUGGAUUUUCUGUUGGUGAUUUUGUUUGGGGUAAAAUUAAGAGUCAUCCCUGGUGGCCUGGCCGAAUUUAUGACCCUUCUGAUGCAUCAGAUUUUGCUUUGAAGCUGAGACAAAAGAAUAGACUCCUUGUGGCUUACUUUGGGGACGGAACCUUUGCUUGGUGCCAUCCUUCUCAAUUGAAGCCAUUUGAGGAGAACUUUGAGGAUAUGGUGAUGCAGAGUAGCUCCAGGGCUUUUGUCAAUGCUAUACAGGAAGCUGUAACUGAGGUUGGAAGGCUUUUGGAUUUGAAGAUGAGUUCGUUUGUUGCAAAGAAAGCUGGGUCUGAAUUUACUCUGCCUUUGGCGAACAAUUCUGGAAUCAAGGAAGGAGUUCUUGUACCUGAAAAUGGUAUAGAGAGACUUUCAGAUGUUCUGAUUGAUCCAGCAGAAUUGCUUUUCCGAGUGAAACAAAUUGCAGAAAUGAUAGGUAUUACUAGUAUUCUCGAGCUGGAAAUAUUAAAGGCUCGGCUUUCAGCAUUUUAUAAAUCAAGAGGAGGUUAUAAAUUACCUAUUUAUGAGGAGCCCCAGCCGAUUCCUGGACUUGAAGAAAGUUUAAUGGAUGAAACAGUGGAUGUAGGUAGGAGUGAGGGUGCAGUGGAAGCUCCCGUCCAGGGGCCAUUUGAAGAGGACUACUCUACCUUGCCAGUGACCCCAAAAUCUGGUGAAUCGAGCCAUUCUCAUGGGAUUUCAGGAAAUAGACCAAAUCAUAGAAUUAAGCAGAAAAGCAUUGCUGAAAUUAUGGGGGAGGACAAAGAUGUUAAUACCAAAAAUAAGGAGGGAGAUGCAACUGAAAAAGCGAUGAUUAGAAAGAAGAGGAAAGGUAAUGAGGAUGCAAUGGCGUCUAAACCAGUGGAGAAGAAAAAAGGUUUACUUCUAAGUACUGAUAGAAGCGUGGAAAGUGCUGAAAAUGAUGGCAGUGGUGGCAAGGAGAACGGUGACAAGGGAUCAUUGCUGCAGUUGAAAGAGAAAAAAGAAGCUUUUGGUAAUGAAAACGCUAGCAGUGGGAGCAAAAAGGAAACUGAUCAAAAAGGAAAGGCCAAAGAACAAAAUGAGAAGGGUUCUUUGGCAAGAGAAAGGAAGAAAAGCAAGUACUUGUCCCCUCCCUUCACUAUUCCAAUCAGAGAGCAUAGGAAAAGAGAUGUAGAAACAGAAUCCCCAAAACUUUCCAGCAAAGCUCUAUUAAAACCAGUGACCAGAGCUUCGGACCAGCUUCUCAAUUCCCCUGCAUCUUCAAAGUAUAAUGAUGAGGCAUCUCAAAAAAAAAUUCCCGAGGAACUUGCCAUGGCACGGGACCUUCCUGGUAGCUCAAAUUACCAAACACCAGAAGAUGAUGAGAACAAGACUAUCGAUACAGCAAAAAUCCAGGUUUCUUCGGGAGAAGUUCUGUCUGCAGUUCGCUAUGCAGCUAUUAGUCCACAAAUUCCUUGGAAUAUUAAAUCUCUUGCAAAAAUUGUGGACUUUAUUUUUAUCUAUAGAAGCUCAUUAUAUCACCAUGGAUCCUACUACAAAGUAUACAAGAAGCAUCAAGCUGGCAGGAAGAGAAAGAAGCCAGACUCAGAUCCUGGGAUACUGAGUAAAGAUCAAAAUCAAGCUGAUCAUAUAUCACCUAGUAAUUAUUCAGAGUCGAAAAAGAGAAGAAGGAAGAAUGAGUCAACUUCAGGCAUGCCCGAAGAGAAGCAAUCUAAUGUAGCUAAGACUGGGACGAAGGGGACUGAUGAAAAUGCUUCAGCUGCUGCCCUUUUUGUCUCAUUUGGGUCAGGUUCCUCUCUGCCUUCAAAAUCUGAUCUUAUCCAACUGUAUAGUAAGUUUGGAGCUCUGGAUGAAUCAGAAACAACCAUGUUCUUUAGCAACCACACUGCUCGAGUGUUCUUCCUCAAAGCUUCUGAUGCUGAAAAGGCCUUAAGCCAUUCACAGAACAUGAGCCCCUUUGGAUCUUCCGAAGUCAGUUUCAGACUCGAGUAUCUUUCUGCAGGAUCCAAGUUUGGAGAACAUGGUGAAAAAUCCAAGUCCAAAACUUCUUCAGUGAAGAAGAAAGGCAAAACUCCAGCCAAACCAUCUGAUUCACUGUCACCAGAUAGUGAAGCAUCCAAAUUGAACUACAUAAAGCAGAAACUUCAGGGUCUAACCUCAAUGCUGGAAGCAUCGGAUGGUAAAUCACUGGAUAUGAAUGCAAAAUUAGAGAGAGAGAUGAAAGGGCUUUUGGAGGAUGUGAACAAAAUGGUUGAAUCUUCUUCGUCCUAGAUAUACAUGGAAUAGUAGCAAUUAUGUAGCUACUCAUAAGGGUAGGUUUAUGAUAUGCCAUUUCCUUAAUAGUGGUCUGUCUUUAUUUGGGGGUCAAUUUGUUUGUCUCAUUCCUGUUCCUAGCUUUAUUUAAGAGGUAAAAUUGCUCAUACCGGUUUGUUCUGUAGGAUAUAUAACUUGUUGCAUGAAUAGUCUGUAUAGAGACCGACAUCCGUCUAGAUUAUUCUGUCUCUUAUGAUAGUGGUGAAAACAGCUUUUA